CCGCCCCGCGCCCCCUCCUGGAAGCCGGGGAGAGCUGCGUGAGCGGUCGGUGCAGCCGUCGCCUGCCGGGGCUCUCCGCGCGGUCUUUGUCCGCCGCUUUGUUCUCGCCGCGCUGGCGUCGUCCUCGCCCCCGUCGCCGCCCGCCCCGCGCGCCCGGGCCUUGCCCGCCAUGGUCGCCCGGCCCGAGCCCGAGGUGGAGGCCAUGGACGCCGAGCUGGCCGUGGCGCCGCCGGGAUGCUCGCACCUGGGGAGCUUCAAGGUGGACAACUGGAAGCAGAACCUGCGGGCCAUCUACCAGUGCUUCGUGUGGAGCGGGACGGCCGAGGCCCGCAAGCGCAAGGCAAAGUCCUGUGUCUGCCAUGUCUGCGGCAUCCAUCUGAACCGGCUGCACUCGUGCCUCUACUGUGUCUUCUUUGGCUGUUUCACAAAGAAACACAUCCAUGACCAUGCAAAGUCAAAGCGGCACAACCUGGCCAUUGACCUGAUGUAUGGAGGUAUUUACUGUUUCUUGUGUCAGGACUACAUCUACGACAAAGACAUAGAAAUCAUUGCCAAAGAGGAGCAGCGCAAAGCUUGGAAGCUGCAAGGUGUUGGAGAGAAGUUCUCAACUUGGGAACCAACCAAACGGGAGCUGGAACUGCUGAAGCACAACCCAAAGAGGCGGAAGAUCACCUCCAACUGCACCAUAGGUCUGCGUGGACUGAUCAAUCUGGGAAACACGUGCUUCAUGAACUGCAUCGUGCAGGCGCUGACCCACACACCGCUCCUGCGAGAUUUCUUCCUGUCAGACAGGCACCGCUGCGAGAUGCAGAGCCCCAGCUCCUGCCUGGUCUGUGAGAUGUCCUCUCUCUUCCAGGAGUUUUACUCGGGGCACCGCUCCCCACAUAUUCCGUACAAGCUGCUGCACCUGGUGUGGACGCACGCCCGGCACCUGGCCGGUUACGAGCAGCAGGAUGCACAUGAAUUCCUCAUUGCAGCCCUGGACGUCCUUCACCGGCACUGCAAAGGUGAUGACAACGGGAAGAAAGCCAACAACCCUAACCACUGCAAUUGCAUCAUCGACCAAAUCUUUACGGGUGGGCUCCAGUCUGACGUCACAUGCCAGGUCUGCCACGGGGUCUCCACCACCAUAGACCCCUUCUGGGACAUCAGCUUGGACCUGCCUGGUUCUUCCACACCAUUCUGGCCCUUGAGUCCAGGGAGCGAGGGCAGCGUGGUUAAUGGGGAGAGCCACACAUCAGGCACCACCACGCUCACAGACUGCCUCCGCAGAUUUACCAGACCAGAGCACUUAGGAAGCAGUGCCAAGAUCAAGUGUAGCGGUUGCCAUAGCUACCAGGAGUCCACAAAACAGCUCACCAUGAAGAAGCUGCCCAUUGUGGCUUGCUUCCAUCUCAAACGAUUUGAACACUCAGCCAAACUGCGGCGGAAGAUCACCACAUAUGUGUCUUUUCCCCUGGAACUGGACAUGACGCCCUUUAUGGCCUCCAGCAAAGAGAGCAGGAUGAAUGGGCAGUACCAGCAGCCCCUGGACAGUCUCAACAAUGACAACAAGUACUCCUUGUUUGCUGUUGUUAAUCAUCAAGGGACCUUGGAGAGUGGCCACUACACCAGCUUCAUCCGGCAGCACAAAGACCAGUGGUUCAAGUGUGAUGAUGCCAUCAUCACCAAGGCCAGCAUCAAGGACGUGCUGGACAGCGAAGGAUACCUGCUCUUCUACCACAAACAGUUCCUGGAAUACGAGUAGCCGGCUGCCCUGCUGGCCAGAAAAGAGAGCAAGCUUCCUGACCUGACCCCUGAUCUCCCCACAUCAGAACACCACGGUAUUCCUCCUGUGCAGGCGAGCCUCACACACGGCCCCCUGCACCAGGAGAUGCGUCAGGGUGGGAUGAGCUGUCAGAGCUGAGUGGGGUGUGCCCUUGGUGGAAAGGAGCUGAGGGGCUACCUCACCAGCACCUGCCUUCUCAACCUUGUAGUAGGCUGGGGAUGGAUGUUCUUAGAGCGGACCAGCCUUUGCUGGUGCUUUACUCUGCCAUCCCCCCUGGGUUUGUUAAAAAGCACCUGCCUUGUUGAAAAUGAGCCCUUCAAAGCUGUAGAAUAGGCCAAGAUGAUGCAGGAGGGCCGAGUGCGUGCACCAGCCCUCCGGCAUGACAGGCAGUCUAGUCUGUCCUUACAUUGUAAAAUAGUCCCUGGGCCCAGGUUGAGGCCACCCACAGGCUACAAACACAUCUGUCCUACAGAUAACUUAGCAUUAACUGCAUGUGGAAACAUCAGCCCUUUGUUUUCUAGAAAUAGGCAUUGUCUUACCUCUGUCCCUCACUCUUUUCCACAGUGGUGACUUUGCAUAAAUGUGACAGUAGUAAAGUAAGUGAUUAUAGUUUGUAUGGAGAUCUGGAUGAUCCUCUUCCCUUCUGCUUUUUGGUCAGUGCUUUUUCCUUGCCUGUGCCCUGCCUUUCUUCCACACAGUUAAUUGGUGGCCAGGAAGUGGAGAACAGGGUUCCUGUUAUCUUGAUCUUUGCAGUAGAUGGAAUCUUCCUACGUUUCCUCUUGGGCCUUUUGCCUGUCCAGGGUGGGUUAGUGGCUUUGUGAAGUUUGAGGCCGAGUGGUCCAGGCGGAGGCUGCGUUGACUAGGAAAGACUCUAUGGCCGGUUCUGCAGACAGGGUCAGUCUUGAAGUUUCUUGUAAGAUAUUUUGCAUGUAUAUCUGGACGAGGCUUAGGUUGUUGCUUCUAAAAAACUAAAAUCUGGGUCUUGGCGUUUGCUCUUUAUACCACUGCCUUUUCAGUGGUGCUGGCCCACGCGCCUAUUGACACCUCACCCCAGGAGUUUCAGGACAGGCAAGUACUUCCUAAGAGCCAGACUCUGAGCUAUAGGUCUAUAGCAGGUAACACGUGCAUCGUGUUGGCAUAGCAAGUACGGCUGUAAUUUUAAUUACAUAUAAUUAUCAUGUGUAUAGAUUUUUUAAAAAACUAUUUGAAAAUAAGACACUUUCACUGGCAGGCUACGAAAAGCAGGGCAGGGUCCAGCCCAGCUCCUUAGCUAGCCGUGGCACCGCUCAGCUGGUGUAAAAUUCCCCAGAAGUCAGGGGCAGCAACAGCCUCAUUGUGUGCCAUGACAUUUGCCCUGCUCUUCUCCGUUGUAUUUCUGUUUCUGCAUUUAAAGGAAAGAAGAGACUUGAAGCAUGUUUUAGAAAAAGCCUUUUUUGAGAAGUAUGGUUGAGCCCAGAUUCUCAGACAUAGACCCAUGUUUGUGGGAUUCUGCUAUGGAGACACCCUUGAGGAAGCACAUUCUAUUUGUGAAAAACCCCAUAGGAAAAAAUUCACUGCAGUUGGCCUACAGGAACCAGAGCCCAAAUUUUCCUGAAGGUCUGCUUCCUUGACACUGGUGGAUGGGACAUCCAAAGCAGGGGAAGUGAGCAGGUAUGCUGGCCAGGCCUGCUUCCUCUGUCCCCACAGCACAGCCCAUCUCUACCUGUAUUCUGGGCGCUGAGGAGGAAGAGGACAGCACCUGUCUUCUGUCAGCGUGACUUUAGCCUUUUAUAGCUGAAUGCAUUCCCCUCCUGCUCCGUGGGUUUAACAGUCUGAGCACUUUGUUCUGUACCUAGAGCAAGGAGGCCAGCCAACUCCAUGACUGCCACCCGUCUAUCUGGCCUCUGGCCUCGGGUCCUCAGCAUGGUAUCUCAGCUAGACAGGCACAAAUGGGUGACCAAGGAACAGCGUGUUUGAGCAUGGGCUUGGGAAGUUCUUUGAAUUCCCCUUUGCCAUGUAAGGACCACCCAGUGUACAUGCUCAGAUGGUCAAGAAGUGCGUCUCACCACAGGGCUUCGUUGCCCGCCGAUAGCCUAGAGCCGUGAGCAGACUUCCCACACGCUGCUGGCACCAGCUUCACAGAAAGGCGAGAGAUUCAGGAGUUAGGACAGGAUCUUCGAUUCCUCUCUUCACCCCAGGAAUGCCCCUCAAACUGGACACGGGCCUGAGUACCAUGUGAACCUGAGUGCUGUUUUGUUUGGCCUGGUGUGUAUGCUUUUCCUUGUGUAAAAUCAUUGUUUUGUUUUUGACAAGUGGCUUGUUUCAUUUCUUAUAGCUUUGAAAUUAAAAAAAAAAAAAAAUUGUGAGGGGAAAAAAUGCAAUGAUUGUGUUGUGGUUCGAAGUUUUAUUACUAAGACAUUUAUGUCACUUUUCCCUGUCAUUUUGACUCUCCUUUCCUAUAUCAUAAUAAAGCUGCAUUUUAUUCUGAA